CCGGCGGAAAGUGAGGCACUGGGCAGCACGGUUGCAUUGCUGUAUCAGAUAAACAGCUGGUCCCCUACGGCAUCAUGUCGAACGUUAAAAUAGGCAUCAUAGGAGGCUCAGGGCUUGACAACCCAGAUAUCUUGGAAGGACGAACAGAAAAGUCUGUCAAUACCCCAUUUGGAAAGCCUUCUGAUGUUUUGGUGGAGGGGAAGAUCAAAGGUGUGGAAUGUGUCUUACUGGCAAGACAUGGGAGAAAACAUGAAAUUAUGCCAUCCAACAUAAAUUUCCGCGCUAAUGUGCAUGCACUAAAACUUGAGGGUUGCACGCAUCUAGUUGUCACCACUGCUUGUGGGUCAUUACAGGAACAUGUGAAACCUGGGGACAUGCUCUUUCCUGACCAAUUUAUUGAUAGGACCCAGAAAAGGGUUCAAACAUUCUAUGAUGGUACUUGUGAGGAGUACAAGGGAGUGAGCCAUAUACCAAUGCAUACACCCUUCUGUGAAAGGACACGCAAGAUACUAAUUGAGAGUACCCAGCAGUUGGGCCUCCUCCACCAUACCACUGGCACAGUUCUGACCAUAGAAGGUCCCAGGUUCUCAUCCAAGGCUGAGAGUAAGUUGUGGAAGUCAUGGGGAGCAGAUAUUAUCAACAUGACUACAGUGCCAGAGGUAGUACUUGCCAAGGAGGCAGGCAUGAGCUAUGCCGCAGUAGGAAUGGUGACUGACUAUGAUAGCUGGCAUGAAGAUGAGGAUCCU